AUGAAGCGAGCACGUGUGGAAUCAGACGAGGCCAUAGAAGAACAUGAUAGUGGGUUUAUGAUCCCGAUGGGGAUGUUUAAACCAUUUCCCCAUAAUGACACGUUCAUUGAUAACCGCACAAUUGAAUUACGUGCCAAACCCGAGGACAACCCUGUGUCAGAAACGUACACAUUUUUACAUCACAAGCAAGAAUACGGGGUUUUGAAUUUGGAAGAUGCCACAAUAUCGGGUAAACUUACGCUUAAAACGGCUGCAGCCGGUAAUCUCGGGGCGGAUCAAGUUGUCGCGUUAAAUAUGGGUCCAUUAACGCAGUUUUGGAAGAGUAAAUCUGUUUUGCUUAACAAUGAACAAGUCAACACAGUAACCACACAAGAAAAUGAAUUGUCUUAUGUAUGUCAUUUAAUGGAUCGAGUACCCUCGCAAUACAAACCCUCUGACGUAAUUAAUUUGGCGAUACAUGAUACACCCGGUCAAUUUGAUGAUAUUACCGAGAUUAACGACGCCGACGGUGGGGGUUUAGUUAAUUUGGGUGCCAAUUGA